ACAUUGCCACCUUGUCAUAAACAUACUGGUCUUGAUGACCGUCCCAUGUGUUUAUUGUGUUCUUGACCAGCUGCAGGUUCUACUGUAACCUCCAGGCGCCGUGCAGCUGUCCCUGUGUUCGUCAUCACCAGUCUGACCAGCUCGCUGGUGUUCCUCUUCGCCACGCUGUCCGUGUGGGACACGGCGUCUGUGGAGUCCAGUACGGGCCUGCUCAUGACCUCAGCUCCGGACAUGUUUCUGACAUUCGUUCUGCAUAUCGUCAGCAGAGCCUUUAUCUACGGUGGAAACACCGCCUUCAUUGCUAACUCAUUUCCCGCGGAGCACCUUGGCCGGUUGAUCGGCCUGUCGUACCUGGUAGCCGGGCUGGUCGGACUGCUGCAGUACCCGCUCAUAGGCUGGAUCAAGACUGCUGGCAGCCCGUUCUAUGUUUACAUUUUUGUUCUGGUGCUGUCGGUUAUGACGUUUGUCCACCCCACCUACAUCGACUACCACUGCAGGGACGUGUCCAACAAAGAUGGCCGCCGUCCUUUCCAAGGUGACCUUGAGAAACCCGUCAAAGGACAUCUUGAAGUCGACGCUUGUUGUUCCAAAGAGACAUGUGUCUAAGUUCCACGUAGUCUACACAUACUCGGAAAAUCUGUAUCUGUGCAUGAAUCGGUAUCUGUACAUGAAUAUGUAUCUGUACCUAAAUCUGCAUAUGGUUGAAAGUAAAGAUUUCGAGUGAUUGCCAUACAGCCUACACACGAACACCUGUCCGAUUCACGCUAUUGAAAUGUUUGUUAAUAAGUUAAUACUUGUUAACCGAGGAGAACUAGUAUUCAAAAUAGAA